AUGGGAACCGAGAGCAAUGGAAGUCUUGAUCUUCUGUCUGUCUUCCUGACUGGCAUCCCAGGACUGGAGUCUCAACAUGGCUGGCUCUCCAUCCCUUUCUUCACCAUGUACAUUGUGGCCAUUGUAGGCAACGGCCUAAUUAUGGCAGCAGUUAAGAUAGACCCUGCCCUCCAUGAGCCCAUGUACCUGUUCCUUUCCAUGUUAGCUGUAACUGAGGUGGGUGUUUCUGUGUCUACAAUGCCUACUGUUAUGGGUAUUCUUUGGCUUGAUGUCCAAAAGGUUGACUUUGAUGGAUGCCUGGCCCAGAUGUUUUUCAUUCACACCUUCUCCUGCAUGGAGUCAGGAGUCCUACUGGCUAUGAGUUAUGACCGCUUUGUAGCCAUCUACAACCCACUGCGCUAUACAGCUAUCCUGACCCUGCCCCGUAUUAUCUGCAUGGGUCUGGGCAUUACACUGAAGAGUGUGGCACUCAUGGCCCCACUCCCAGCCCUUCUGAAGCAACUUCCUUAUUGUCACAUUAAUGUCCUCUCUCACUCCUACUGCCUCCACUCAGACAUGAUCCAACUGCCUUGUGCUGAUACUAAGCUCAAUAGUGUUCUGGGCUUAGCCAUUGUUCUGUCCACUUUCGGACUUGACUCAUUGCUCAUUGUGGUCUCUUAUGUGUUAAUUCUUUACACAGUGCUGGGCAUUGCUUCUGGGGAGGGACGGUGGAAGGCACUCAACACAUGUGUGUCACAUAUUUGUGCAGUGCUUAUAUACUAUGUGCCUAUGAUUGGUGUGUCUGUGAUGCAUCGUGUUACUAAACAUGCUUCACCCAUGGUCCACACACUCAUGUCUAGCAUCUACCUGUUUGUGCCACCUGUGCUCAACCCCAUCAUCUACAGUGUUAAGACCCAACCAAUCCGGCAGGGAAUUGUAAACAUGUUCUACAAGAAGGGAUUACUCUGA